AUGGAGCACCAACCGGCCAUGACCUGGCCAGAGCAAAUCCACGAGAGUCAGCUUAUCACCGCCCCAGGUGAAGAUGAAUUCUCCAACUUCCUCGAGUUCAAUAUGCAAUUUACCGACCUCGACGGGCACGGACCAGCACAGCAGCAAAUGCAGGAUCAGCAACAUUCCAUGGUGCCUCCCACCACCACUGCCCCCAACCAGGCCAUGACUUCAGAUCCCCGGUCGCAUCAGCAAUUCGCAACCGCCAUGGAAGGUCUCGCAAUGGACUUCAACGGUCACGGCUCCAUGCAGUCCUCCAUGCAAUCACAGCCGGGGCCCAUUCCGUACUCGACGCCCUCGAUGACUCCGGGAUUCUGCGCCCAGGAUACAACGCACCCGCAACAGCACUCGAUGUCGCAACAACAGGGUCCCCCCGCGCAGCAUUAUAUGCAGCAAGGCCAGCAAAUGAUUCCCCCCACCCCGAACAGCAUGGAGUUGCACGGCAAUGCCGCCCGGUACCCGCAGCGCGUGGAUGACCACUCCGAGAUGUACGAUCGCUACUCGCGCAUCAACGAGGAACAGGCCUUGUAUACUCCCCUGGUGUCCCCCGCCAUGACUCCUCUGGAGAGCCAAUUUCGACUCCCUGAAUAUACUAUCCCGGGCGAAUACUUCACGCCUCUGACGUCGCCCGCACUGGAAGCGCAAAAUGCGCACACCUCCAACAAUGGCUACCAAUUCCAUGCGCGCCAGGUCUCAGAUGUGGGCUUCGUCCCCGCCAAUGCCGAGGUCAACCCUCUUCCUGGAACCUCUGCUCCACCUUCUCCCAGCAUCAUUCGCAAGACUCGCCGGCGCACUUCAGCUGCUUCGUCUCGCCUGGCCGGGCGCGCGACGAAAUCCCGCCAAUCCCCUCAUAUCCGUGCUCAGACAACGCAAACCCAACGCGCCCGCGGCAAGCAACAUGCCCCUAGUUUGGAGGACCUCUACACCAGCAUGGCCCAGGAGUUGAACAAGCCGCCAAACAAUGAUGUGCGCUCACUUCAAGAAAGCAGUAACGAAGGAUCUGGUCAGGACUCCGUCUCCCCUGAACCCUUGCCCGACUCAUUGAUGCCACCUCCCGCCGUUCCUCCACCUCGCUCGUCUCCCGCCAUUCUUCCCCACCAGUCCUCCCAGCAGAUGCCGGGCACGGCCGCAACUCCGGCCACGCUCAUGCGACUACAGCGAUCUCAGCAUGCCCAGGAACCUUCGGAUCAAUUGAUGGGUCAGGCUCAAUUGGAGAUCCCGGAUGAGGUAAUGGAGGAUAUCUCUCUCCCGGAGGCAGCCCAGCCGGCUCUGCAGCCACGGCCCAAGAUGAAUCGCAUUGACACCAGUGUGCGCAACACCGCAAGUCCGAUCAUCUCGGCCAAUGUGACCCCAUCGAUCGAACCCCGAUCGACUCCAGCAGCCGACCGUACACCCAUGUCGGUUGCGCCCAGUCCGCGCACUCUUGCUAUGCCCUCGCCCAGUGGUCCGGUGCCUAAGAGGUCGGAUCCAUCUCGGGCGUCGAUAUCAAGUCGGAAGCGACCUAGUGUGAGCUCCACACAUGCCAGCCCGCUGUUGCGUCCGAAGAUCAGCCCAAGCAUUCAGCCUCUGAUGCGAGGAAGUGACAGUUUGUCACAAGAUGCACUCUACCUGGCCUCCAAGUCCAACUAUCAGCACAUUCUGGAUGGCACUCUGCCUUCGGGAGUGUCCUAUCCCGAGACCCUUGCUGAGAAUCUGAGCUCCAAGCGAACCAACCACAAGCUUGCAGAGCAGGGCCGCCGGAAUCGAAUCAACAAUGCCCUGAAGGAGAUUGAGUCCCUCAUUCCACCAGAGUUCAUUCAGCUCCGACAAACGACGGAGGCCGCCCCGUCAGGAACCAAGCCGGGCGACAAGGAGAAGGAAAAACCAGCAAAUCAAGCCAUCAGCAAGGCCAGCGCUGUGGAGAUGGCCAUUGAUUACAUCAAGGCCUUGAAAAAUACUCUCGACGAGACUGCAUCCAAGUUAGCUGCUGCUGAAGCCAGGCUCGCCGGUGUCAAUCUCAACGACACACCAACCAGCUCCUCGCCUGUCGCUGCGGUGCCCGAGAAGGCAAACACGACACCCGCAAUCACCACCGCUACCACCAACACUACGACCACUAAUGGCACUGAUCCAGACUCUUCUAACAAGAGUCCAUCAUGA